AUGUCACCUUGCUCUCGAGGCGCGAUAUCUCGAGCCCUGCGACUAGGCUCGCUACGAUGGCAGCCGAAGCCAUGCAAUUCUUUUCUGAGAACAACGACCCUCCCUGCCCUACGAACCGUUCAGUCGCAAAUCAGCAGCGGCAGUAUCGCGACGCAAAUACGGAACCAUCACCGGUGCUUCUCGACCACACAUUUUAAGCAUCAAGAAACGAGCUCUAAGGAACUUGCCGAUGCUCUUCCCUUGUGCUGUCCUGGAUGCGGAGCUUUUACACAGACAAUCGAGCCGGAAGAACCGGGAUACUAUGGCGGAAAUCGCAAGCAAACCCGGAAGCUACUGGCCUCUCGCAAAAAGACGACUGAGAAAGAAACCAUGGAGACAGAGGUCACAGGGGCCACAGAGUUAACGAAAGAUACUGAAGCUGCCGAAGCCGCCGAAGCCAUCGAAGUUAUUGAAGCGACUGAGAUGAACGAAGCGACAGAGGCUACAGAAGCGACCGAAAGCGCUCCAGGGUCGCAAGAAAAUGUCCCCUUUUCUACACAAUCUCUGGAAUCGCCAGAUCGAAACACCCAGGUCUGCGAUCGCUGCCAUGAUCUUCUGCACCAUAACAAGGCUGUAUCUUCACCAAAGCCAUCGAUUCUUUCCAUCCGAGAAUACAUCAACGAGUCGCCUCAUAAGCAUAACCGAGUAUACCACAUUCUGGAUGCAGCCGAUUUCCCCAUGUCUCUGGUCCCUCGCAUUCAUUGGGCCCUUUUUGCUCAAGAGCAGCGCUCACGAAACCGGCGGUCCAACACUGAGAAGUAUCAUCAUGGACAGAAGAUGCCCACAAUCAGCUUCAUCAUUACACGAUCAGAUCUUUUGGCCGCGACAAAGGAGCAAGUCGAUUCUAAAAUGGAAUAUGUUCGUUCAAUUCUUCGCAAUGCCUUGGGCAAAUCGGGACAGGAUGUCCGGCUAGGAAACGUGCACAUGAUCAGCGCACACCGAGGCUGGUGGACUAAGCAAGUCAAGGAAGAGAUUCGGGAGCAUGGUGGAGGUAUUUGGGUCGUUGGUAAGGCGAAUGUGGGCAAGAGCAGUUUUAUUGAGGCAUGUUUCCCCAAGGACUCACGAAGGGAAGAGAACAUGGCCGAGUGGAUGGCGCAAAGAGAGAAGGACAUUGAAAACCAGCGACAAACAACUCCUUUGAACCCCGACAGUCUCCUUCCACCUGCACCUCGUGAAGAUCUGUACCCAGUGCUUCCAAUUGUGUCCUCCUUGCCUGGAACCACUGUGUCACCCAUUCGCAUUCCAUUUGGACGGGGGCGGGGUGAGAUGAUCGAUCUACCCGGCAUGGAACGCAGCGAGCUCGAGGACCACGUGCGCGAUGAGCACAAACGCGAUUUAAUCAUGACCAAGCGGAUCAAGCCAGAGAGAUGUACCCUCAAGCCCGGUCAAUCCCUUCUUCUCGGUGGCGGCUUGAUACGGAUCUCAGCUGUGAACCCCGAGGAUACCGUGAUGGCCGCCACUUUCGUGCCCAUCGAGUCGCAUGUUACGAACACAGCAAAGGCAAUUGAGAUACAAGCCGAGCAAAAGCCAUAUCGAGGCAAGGCCCUCAUGAUUGAAGGAACUGGUAGCACCAUGGCCUCUGCCGGCCAGAUAGAUUUGAAGUGGGACAUCACCGCUUCAAAUCUUCCUACCUCGGUCGCCAAAGCUGUCAAAGACAAGGGCAUUCCGAUCCCCCACCUUCCCUACCGUGUUAUGGCCGCUGAUAUCCUCAUCGAGGGCUGUGGUUGGAUUGAAGUGAGCAUUCAAGUCCGGAACAAACGCGGCUCCGAAAACGAGCCUCCCGUCUAUCCUCAAGUGGAGGUAUUCUCACCUAAAGGUGAAUAUAUUGGGGCCCGAAGACCGAUUGAAUGCUGGAACUUCAUGGCAGAGAAGAUCAAGGCAGAUAAGCGCAAGAGACCUCGUACGAGGCAUCAGUAUAGUUGA